CUUAGAUUCCAGUCACGCUGCCUUUCAUUCGUUAUUCUUUUUUUCCCUUUCAUGGACUCACAGCAGCUUCAACACUGAAUAUUCUAUCACUAAGGGUCAUCUAGGCAACAAGUUUAGUCUUCGGGCGCAGAGAACAUCGCGAUCCCCUACCAACCAUUGUUGACGAUACUAUGACCCAAGUCUAAUCUGUAAAACUCUCACCACACAACCCACUUCACCUGACUCCUUACCUCUUCCUAUAAUUCUUUUGAAUACAUCCGAAUCAGUCACAACAUGGUGGAUUGGCUCAGUCUCGCCGUGCCACUCGCCUACCUCGGCGUUCUGCUCGGCUCCCUAGCAACUUUCUCGUCACUAUACCGCAAGCGCAAGGCCAAGAAAAAGGCGCCAGCGGUGCCGGAGACGGUACUAAAGGCUGCGCUUCUCCGGCGCGCAAUCGAGGAUAUCAAACGCGUUAUGGCGCUCCGAAACCAGAAGCAGGCGCUAGCUAUGCUUCUGCAACGGGGCAGUGUCGGGGACGAUCUGUGGCAGCGAUUCCAGCGGGCGGAGAAGGAGAUGGAAGAUGAAGUCCGGGAUGUUGUUGCUGAGGCCAACGCGUACGUGCCGAACUGGGGCCAAACGAUCUUCCAGUCCGCGAACGAGAUGCUCAACAAUGCGCUGUUCCGUGAGCGGUUGCAGUCUUACCAGAACAAGUUGGCUGAGGAGCGGGAGUGGUGGGAUAAGAAGAAGGCGAGCAUUCAAGAGGGGUUUAUGAAGGAGCUGGAUGCAGAGAGUUCCGCUGCCACAAAAUCCGAGCAAGCUACAUCUACCACUACGACUACCAGCUCAACACCCGGAACCAAGACUCCUGAGUCGUCUGCUGCGCCAUCCACUGCAGCCCCGAGUGAUGACGAGGCUGUAUUGGUUGAGGCUGCCGACACUGCGGCUGGUGGAUCGAGCAGUGCCAGCAAGAAGAAAAAGAAGGGGAAGAAAUGAAGAUCGGCUUUUUAGAUGGAAUUUUGUUCAUUUGCAUGAGACAAUUUGACCUGUGAAACUAUCAUUGUCACGGAAAACAGAUUCGUACUCGCAACGCCGGCUCUUGACAUUUUGUCAAGGGAACGAACUUUAGGUGGGCUGGUCCAACUGCUCUCUCGCCAUUCAUGGCUGUAAUAGUAGCUACCUCUAUGCAUGGAAUCCAGUGGAAUUAGA